AAGACUUUUGAAUUGUGGGAACACAAAGUUGUUGGAGCAUAAUUCAUCUCUUUGAGGAUAGAAACAAGAUGGGAGAUUCAGUACCUCUAAAACUAGCACUGCCAGAGCUGAAGUAUCCUAUUGGUUCACAGCCAAAGCAAAAGUCAGCAAUCAACCAAUAUUCCGGCUCAGAGUAUAUCUCCAUUGUUGACAGCAUCCUAAAACCAGAUGAGAUGAUAAGAGUCCGAGGAUCAUUUCUGGGACCUAUAAUGAAGCUCAGUGAGAGAGGAUUGAAGUUAUCAGCAAAGAUGGUCUACGCCAUUCUCACUAGAAGCAUCGUUUCUGUCAAGGAGAAUGAAGCCUGGUUCCAUUUCGGUGCGCAGCCAAUGAGGUUCUCUAUAAGAGAAUUUCAUAUGAUGACAGGCUUGAAAUGUAGUGGUGCAUUAGAAGGACCACGAAGGGAAACCGAUAGAUUUAAUUGGGAAUUGCUAAAGGGGCGUAGUCAUAAGUUAAGUGACGUGGUGGAACAGCUCAGAAACACAAGAGAAGAUGCUUCUGAGGAGAGAGUAUGCCUCGCAAUGCUCAUCCUGGUAGAGAGCAUAUUAUUGCGGAAGAGCAAAGGAGGGAGUUUUCCUUUGGAAUAUGCGAAAAAUGCACAGGAUAUGACAUAUCCAUGGGGGAAAGAGGCUUACAUUGUGCUCCUGAAGUCAAUUCAAAACGCUGUCGCGAAUCAUUUGGAGAAUAAAUCCAAAUUUGAGUUGCAAGGUUAUCCUCUAGUAUUCCUUCUUUGGAUACUAGAGUCGAUUCCUUUGCUAAGGAAUAAGUUCAGUAAGUGUGUACCAACAGUUGAGGUUCCUGGGCCGACUUACUUGUGUGAAAAAUACACUGAGGUAGAGAAUCCAUCACUUGAUAGGGUUUUACAGGUUGAAGCUGAUACAAAGCUGAAGGUCCAUUGCAUACUACCUUCUAUUCCUCAUGAUCCAGAAGAUGAUAUCUCCAUUGAAGACAAAUAUAGUGACGAGCUGGAAACACUGAAAGAUGUAACAAAGAAAGGGUACAAGCUUACAGCCGAUGACUGGGAAAAUAGGUGUGUAGACACAUUUGAAACAUUGGAUGCUCUUAUUCAAAUGAUGGCAAAUAAGGAGACUGGCCAAGCUUCUACUCCGAUUGAUGAGGAUUCAGUAAAUGAAAAAGUGAACAGAAUCAUCGAGGUAAUGGAGGAGAAUCUGAAGAGCAUGAAGGAUCGAAUGUCAUUACUGGAAGAAGAAAACAUGCAUCUUAGAGCCCGUGUGUCAGAGUUGGAAGGAAACAACAAUGUUUUUCCCACUAACGUGACACAACAGCGAUCCAGUGGGACACCUUUAUCUCCAAUGUCUCACACGCAACCAUCGAGUGAGACGCCUUUAUCUCCAAUGUCUCAACAGCCUAAUUUGACACAUGAGGAGACAAUGAUUGAAUCAGCUGCAUCUCCAAAGUCUCAACAAAAUGAGGAUUACACGCAACCAUCGAGUGAGACGCCUUUAUCUCCAAUGUCUCAACAGCCUAAUUUGACACAUGAGGAGACAAUGAAUGAAUCAGAUGAUGACACUCCUGCCCUUGAUACUCAAGUAUUCUCUCCUAAUCUGACAAAAGAGAAAGAAACAAGUGAGUCACCUGCUGAGAGGCCAUCCAAUCCUAAUCAAGAUGGAAAACCAGAUGAUGAGAUUGUGAUUGAGUCACCUGCUGCUCAGACUCAAGUUUUGCAAAAAGAAACACUGGAAAUGAAUGAGACACCUUCUUCUCCAAUAUCUCCAAAGAGUAUUGAGGCUCAAGUUUUUACUCCAAUUCAGAAACAGCAGACGGUAACAGAGGGAACGUAUGAGGCUACACAGCCAUUGACUGAGAUCAUUUCAGCAAACAAUAAAAAGGAGGAUACACAUGCUGUGCAUCACACACCUUCCUCUCCAUUGUCUUCACUAAUUGCACUAGUUAUUGAAGAAAAUAAGAAUGCUUUGAGUGAGACAGAAACUGCGACCCAAUAUUUUUCUCUAAGUGAGGGAGAGGAGACACAAUCAAGCAGAAAGAAUCAAGCAGAAGAAAAUCUCAAGGAUACUACAAAACAUACAACUGAGCUAGUUUCCACAGAUGUUUCGAAGACACAGCCUCUUACACAGCCUCUUACACAGCCUCUUACUCAGCAAACACAGCACCUUCAGACAAGUGAGGGAGAGCAAUCCGAUGAGACACCAUCAGAGCAGAAUCAAGCAGAAGAAAAUCUCAAGGAUACUACAGAACCUACUACUGAGCUAGUUUCCACAGAGCCUACUACUGAACCUACUACUGAGCAUGUUUCGAAGAUACCGCCUAUUACUCAGAAAACAGAGCAUCUUCAGACAAGUGCUAUAGAUUUUUCAGAAACAAACGAGGUUGAAGUAAGCAGGCUUCUAGCUCACUUUCAAAUAGGCGCAGAGGUUGAGAUUUUGUCUACUGAUGACGAAAUAUGGUAUCCAGGAAAGGUUGUUGAUCUUAAACUGUGUGAAGGACUAGAGGAGCUGACAGUUGAGUACACGACACUCUUCGCAGACCAACAUAGACUUCAGAAACUUCAGGAUACUAUCACGGCUGACAAAAUACGUCCUGCAACACCAACUAGUGACCAAAAAUCCUUUGAGAUGAUGGAUAAGGUAGAAGUCUUUUACAACAAUGGCUGGAGCAGCGGACAAAUUAGCAUGGUACUUGGUGAUAACACAUACUCGGUGUGUCUCUAUACUUCUAUGGAAACUAUUCUAUUCAAACAUUCAGAUUUGCGAAUUCAUAGAGAAUGGAAAGAUGGAGUCUGGAAGAUGGCAGAUAAGGUGAAGCCUGAUAAGAAAAGGAAAGCUGCUGCCUCAUCACAAAAUUCAGGAAUGGAUAAUGUUUUCCUAAGAAGGAGCGAGAGGGUGCCUAAACGAUCUAGAGACACAAAAACUCCAUUCAAGUCUGACAGAAAUCCGGCUUUAACUGUAAUACCUGAGAUUAUACCUGCAGUUGAUCCGUUUUCAACUCCUGCGGAACAUAAGCUUUCAAGGCUUCAAAAUUGGAUGACAUUAAAGCCCGGCAUGCAUGAAACGUCCCUAUCAAUCAAUGAUAAUAAGAUAAGGAAAUCUUUCUUUCAAAGCAUGGAAAAUGCAAAAAAGGACCUUAAGAAAGAGCACAUUGAUGGAGCCUUUGCAAUGCUAAAUUGCAGAAGAAAUGAGAAUGCUGCUUGGUUCCACAACUACAAGAUUCCAAAGGCGUGCUUCCUACCUAUGGAGUUCUUGCAUUGCUUGCUCUCUCAUGAUUUGGCUUACAAGAAAGAAAAGGUCAAAGGUAAAAAGAUUUUCAACGAUUUAUUUAAAGAUAUUGUAAGAGGGAAGGUAUAUCCAGAGAAGACAUGGGGAGAAGAUGUUGAUGUUGUGUAUGGGAUUACUCUUGGAAAAAAAAGCAAUGUCUGGAUUGGGAUGGAAAUUCAUUUGAAGAAGAAAAGAAUCACAGUAUAUGAUUGUUUUCAAAAGGAAAGCAACAACAUUGAUAUUCCUCAAGUGAAAAAGUUGGCAGUGUUGAUUUCUGAUCUGCUGGUGGAAUCUUCUGGUGAUGAGGUAGAUAAAGUGAAGAUGAUUCCAUUUGAGGUUGAGCAGGCACAAGGUUUACCCAAGACAAAACAUCCUUUCAACUGUGGGAUAUUUCUUGUCAAGAUUCUGGAGUGCCAGUCAUUGAAGAUAGGAGACAUGACAAAGAUUAAUGAUGACAAUGCAUUGGAGCUAAGGAGAACCUUGUCUUGUGAGAUCUUCAACCAAUUUGUGGAUGAGAGCUUUGGGAAAUGAGAAUGAUGCAUCAAAACAUUUUUUGUUUUAGUUAAGACUCGGUUUUAGUUAUGACUGUUUAUUUUGUUAUGUUGUUGGCGUCUGGUUACAUAAGAAAGAUUGGAAGGAUAUCAAGUAUUUUUUUUGGGUAUCA